ACAAAACAACUAAUUUCAUGACGUCAUAUUUGCCGAAUUUACCGAAAACAUGUUGUUGUCGGUAAUUUCGACAAAUUUGUCACAAUUGCAAAAAGACUAAUUAUGAAGUCACAAAAUAAGAUAAAAUAAAUUUUUAGGUAGUUUUAAAACUUUUACAUUGAAGCAGGUCAUAUUUAGUUCAUUUCCAAUUCGUAAAAGUCUGAAAAAUAUGAUGUCGACUAAAACCACUCCGCUGCCAUUACUUGCUAAUACUCCUGUUCAUGCCCGUUUGGAAUUAUUUGCCAAGAAAAUGCAUUUUUGCUGCCAUACAUUCAACUUCGAAAAAGUGAAUAUAGAACUGAAAGAAAAGGAACUUAAACGAAUCUACCUCACAGAAAUCAUCCAUUUUAUGGAAGAGAGCAAAGGCAUUUUAAUCGAGCCAAUAUAUGCGAUAUCGUUUGCUAUGUUUUGUCGAAACGUUUUUAGAAGUUUGCCCCCUAAAAAUCCGGAUUAUGACCCCGAUGAAGACGACCCUAUUUCGGACCCCGCUUGGCCGCAUCUUCAACUUGUGUAUUCGUUUAUCGUGCGAGUACUGGAGUCUCCCGAUUUCCAACCGAGCGAGGCAAAGCAAUUUAUCGACCACAAAUUCGUAGAGCAUUUGAUUGAAAUGUUCAGCAGCGACGAUAUUAACGAAAGAGAAUGUUUAAAAACUGUCCUGCACCGAAUUUACGGCAAGUUUUUAGGCCUCAGGUCGUAUAUAAGGGGCGAGGUUAACAACAAGUUUUUAGAAGUAAUUUACGAAGAUUUAUCAUUUCCUGGAGCUACAGAAAUACUCGAAGUGAUGGGUAGCAUUAUAAACGGCUAUGCAUGUCCGUUAAAACAUGAGCAUAUACAUUUCUUGUUUAGUGUCUUACUUCCGCUACAUACAUCGUCAAAGUUGCAGCAGUUUCAAGCCCAACUAGUAUACUGCGUAGUUCAGUAUUUAGAAAAAGACCCGAGCCUUACGGAGAAGUUCACCAAACGAUUCUUAAAACUGUGGCCUAAAACCGUUACCUCAAAAGAAGUCAUGUUUCUUGGCGAACUGGAAGAGAUAAUAGACGUCAUGCAACCGGCAGAAUUCCUAAAAGUGCAAGAAGACAUCUUUUUGCGACUCGCGAAAUGCAUAAAAUGCGAGCAUUUUCAGGUAGCCGAGAGAGCGCUGUACUUCUGGGACAACGAAUACAUAGUCAGCCUUAUCGAAGUCAGCGCUGCACAGAUUCUACCGUUGGUAUUAUCAAGCCUUAUUAGCGUCUCGAACCACCAUUGGAAUAAAACGAUCACAUCAUUGGCUGCAAAUAUACUGAAGAAUUUCAUGUCCGGAAACCAGAAGUUUUUCACAAAGAUGGUCAUGACGAUGAAGAGUAAGAAGCAAAGUGAGAAGGAGAGAGCUGAGAGAUCAAAGGAGUUGUGGAGGAGCUUGGAAGAGCAGGCUGCGAUGAAUAGGAAGAUUGAAAAUUCUUCUUCUGUUUUGGAAGAAAAAUAAUAAAGCGUUUAAGUGUCAUUUGUUUUAAAGCUUAUUUGAGAUUUUUUUGGUGUGGUGUGAAUGAAUGCAGAUUAUUUAUCUUUACAUGGUUGGGCAACGAUAGUCGUCAUAACUUUUACUAUGUAUGUAACUGUGUGGGUGAUUGUUUUAAUGUAUAGCUGACAAUUUGGACAACCCAUUAGUGACCACGCGAUUGGAGUAAUUGCCUGUCUCUUGUCCAAUGAUACAUACACCCACAAUGGUAGCAGCAUUGUGCCUUGAGCUCAUGCCCUCUGGUCUGGAUAUCUACUGAAAUGCUAUUUAAUUAGGUCGCAACCAUCAUAAAAAUCUAAUAUAAACAAAUCAAGUAUGUUAGUUGAACAUUAGUGUGGAUACAGACAACGCUAACAAUGGCAAUAAAAUGGAGUAUUUAA